ACUUCCUGCGUCACCGGACGCUGUUGAUGGAAAGGCGCACCGUGAGUGGAGGACGUUCCCACUGCCUGAAGAAUGAUUGUAGCUGCACUUCUGUGAGAUUAUAAAUAUUCCACGGAGGGUAACGGAACUACAGGAGAAUGGAAGAAGACAGCCUGGAAGACUCAAACCUUCCUCCAAAAGUUUGGCAUUCUGAGAUGACAGUGUCAGUGACAGGCAAACCACCUAGUACCGUAGAAGAAGACGGACUACCUAAAGAAACAGACGUAGAAAUCAUCCCAGAAAUCCUAGAAACCCGAGAGCCACUUUCGCUUCCAGAUGUGCUGAGGAUCUUGGCAGUUCUGGAGGACACCACAGACCAGCUCUCUAUUCUAAACUACAUCAUGCCCGUUCAGUACGAAGGAAGACAGAGCGUCUGCAUGAAAAGCAGAGAAAUGAAUCUAGAAGGAAAGAAUCUAGACAAACUGCCAGUGGCUUCAACAGUUACAAAAAUACCCAGUCCGUUAAUAACCAAGGAAAGACCCAGCUUGCCAGAAAUCAGACAAGGAGGCCAGUUCGCUGUGGAGUUUCGCAAAACGCAGGAUCUUCUCUUCAAAAAACCUGCAAGGCAGACCAUCGUGACUACGGAGACACUGAAGAAAAUUCAGAUCGAUAGGCAGUUUUUCAGCGAUGUGAUUGCAGAUACCAUUGAGGAGUUGCAAGAUUCGGGUACUUACAACAGUCUCCUGCAAGCUUUGAGCAAAGAGAGAGAAAACAAAAUGCAUUUCUAUGACGUCAUUGCCAGGGGAAAGAUCUGCGUGAGAGAAAAUGGGGACGGAACCCUCAGAACCAGUGCAAGGCCGACCCCCAGUGAAGGAGAGGCUAGAAGACACGGCUGUGUUUGGGAGGAAAAAGGAAGAAAACAGAUAAUAUCACUUCAAAAACAGCUAAUUAAUGUCAAAAAAGAAUGGCAAUUUGAAGUCCAGAGUCAGAAUGAGUAUAUUGCUAACCUCAAGGACCAACUGCAAGAGAUGAAAGCAAAAUCCAACUUGGAGAAUCGCUACAUGAAAACCAAUACUGAGCUGCAGAUUGCCCAGACCCAGAGAAAGUGUAACAGAACAGAGGAACUCUUGCUGGAAGAGAUUGAGAAACUCAGGAUGAAAACCGAAGAAGAGGCCCGGAUUCAUAUGGACAUUGAAAUGUUCCUUAGAAAGCAGCAGCAGUCAGGAUUACACGUGAGUUUGUCACAGUCAAGUUUCUGAUAUGCAAGUUAGAGCAUUCACAGGGAAAGAACCGGACCCUGAAACUUGGAAUGGGAACACCUGCUCGGAUUCGGAUGAAACCGACAGAUCACUUCAAAGCUCCCUUGGCAGUGGAAGUAUCUGCCCUCCUGGGUCUCAGGACACUUCCUUUGCCUGAAAGUCCUGUGAUAACUUCAUCUGGGAGGACGCCUUGGAAAGGGAUGCGCUUUCCUCAGACCCGGCACAGUCACCCCUGUUGUCACUGGAUCCGUAACGAGGGUCAAAUCUUAGCAUGUUACAGGGGGACAUAUAACUCAGAUAACUAACUCCGAAGGAAAUCACUUACACACCAAAAGAAUGGUAAGAUUUUGCUGAUAAAUAUUGGAAGAAACCUGGGAAACAUGUCGAAUUGAUUCUAAGAGUGUUCGAUCCAACAGGGUAGGCUAGAACAUUCCAUUUGGUUAAUUCAUUGAUACAGACGCACUUACCUGAGAGUCUAGAUGUCAUGGGUUAGCUUGUGCAGCUAGAGGUGAUUCAACAGUUACCUACAUUUGAUGAGGUGGAGGUGCCAGAGCUUCCCUGCUAUGAUUUGGGGGAGACAAUCCAGAGACGUAAGGAGACAGGAAUGUCACAGUGGAUUUAUCAUGUGUGACUUGCACAUCUACCACCAAACGCCCAUCCAUAACCAUGAGAAGGCCCGAAGACACUUCUUUACUAAGACAUUGAGAAACAGAAUAGUGAGGGGAGCAUCUGCAUCCCUAAAAGCUCUGUGCUUGCUUUCCUGUGUAGGCAGGUGUGACCCUAAGGAUGUUGUCACUGAGAUGAGCUUCCUGGUAUCAGUGGGGUGAUGGGGUCCCGAAGUGCCUUAGGAUAACUGGGAGCACUUAAUUGUCAAAGAUAAGGUGGGAACAUUUACCACAAAGGGUGGCAGAGACCUAACGGUAAUCAGAAUGCCUUUGGCCAUCGGGAUUCUUGGCAAUGGCUAAUCGAUCAUCGUAUCUCUAGGAACAAAAUUGAUGGGCUGCCUACUGAAGUAUAACAGAAAAAGAGUCCGGGUCUGGUAGCCAGAACCCUGAUUUGAAUCACCACAGUAGAGAGUUACGGCUGCUCCCCUAGCUCCUAGGACUGAGUCAAUUCACAGCCCCAGGGCCCCUUUAUGAACUGGGCUGUAGGUGUGGGGGCAUGUCCCCCCGAGGAUGAACUCUGCAGCCCUGCUGCAAGUACCUACUCUAAGUCUCUUUGUAGCUCCUACUCAGAAGACCUGUGUAAUUCACAGAGUGACUGUGCACUGGGAUGACUGAAGCUUUGGCUCCGAACUGAUGUUCAUCCACAGGGACCCAAAGUGACACUGCGGCCACUAGUCAAAAUGGGCGGUUAUGGUGGCUAGGUGACAGAUGGAGCCUGAGCUAGCCUGACUGUGAGUCCACCUGUUCCGUGGACCCUCUCUGUCUUUGUUUCCUCCGUUACUGAAGCUGUUAUUGGACUAGAUAUACUUGGGGACAUUAUGAUAGUAAGGACCAAGACGAGCUUCUUGAACUUCCCCUCCCCACUGAAAUAGAAAACCAGAAGCAGUGCUGCACUCCUGGUGGAACUACAGAGAUUAGCGCCACCAUCGAAGACCUGAAGGAAGCAGCAGUGGUGAUUCCACGUCCCUAUUUAACUCAGUCGUCUGGCCUGUGCAGAAGAGGCGUGGAUCUUGGAGAGUUAUUAUGGACUAUUGUAAAUAGUGACUCCAGUUGCAGCUACUAUUUUAAAUGUGGUAUCUUCCUUGGAGCAAGUCUUCGAUGGCCCCUGGUUCUUGGUAUACAGCCGUUAACCUGACCAAAGCUCUGUCUUCAAACCCAUUUGAAAGACCGCCAGAAGCAGUCUGCUUUUACCUGGCAGGGCCAACAGUACCCCUUCGUAGUCUCACAUCAGGGCUGUCAGCACUGUUCUCUCCCAUGAUCUGGUCUGCAGAGAUGGCGCCCCCUGGACUUUUCACAAAACGCCAGAGUCGCUCACUGCAUUAAUGAUGUUAUGCUGAUUGUAUCUGAUGAAGAGGAACUAGCAAGGACUUUAGAUACCUUAGUAAGAAAUAUGUGAACUAGAAGGUGAGCACUUAACUCCAUUUCUGAUACCAAUUCUUUACCAUUAGUAAUCCAUUUAGGAGACAGAAAUCAUACCAAUAAUUUAACAGAUAAAAUCCAACAAAAAGAAUCACGAGCUAUUCAUAAGGGAUUGGCUAUUCAGAAGGGAUAAAAGAGAACUCUAAAGAACACCCUAAGGCCGGGCGUGGUGGCUCACGCCUGUAAUCCCAGCACUGUGGGAGGCCAAGGUGGGAGGACUGCUUGAACCCAGGAGUUGGAGACCAAUCUGGGAAAUAUAGUG